AUCUGGCAGUUCGGCGAGUGGGUGGAUGUGGUGAUAGAUGACCAACUACCCACCAAGGACGGGGAGCUCCUGUUUGUGCACUCGGCAGAGUGCACUGAGUUCUGGAGUGCUCUGCUGGAGAAGGCCUAUGCCAAGCUGAAUGGCUGCUACGAGUCGCUGUCGGGGGGCAGCACCACCGAGGGCUUUGAGGACUUCACCGGCGGUGUGGCAGAGAUGUAUGACCUCAAGCGGCCACCGCGCAACAUGGCCCACAUCAUCCGCAAGGCGCUGGAGAGGGGGUCCCUGCUGGGCUGCUCCAUCGACAUCACAAGUGCCUUUGAUAUGGAAGCGGUGACCUUCAAGAAGCUGGUGAAGGGCCACGCCUAUUCUGUCACAGCCUUCAGAGACGUAAGCUGGCUAUGUGAGACUUUAACAGCAAUAAAAUAGCCUUGCAGCAGCAUGGGCUCAACCUCCUGUGUCUGGUGCGAUGGCUCCUCUGAGUGGAACAGCAUUGACCCUGGCGACAGGGAGGAGCUGCAGCUGAAGAUGGAGGACGGAGAGUUCUGGAUGUCUUUCCGGGACUUCAUGAGGGAGUUCUCCAGGCUGGAGAUCUGCAACCUGACCCCCGAUGCCCUCACCAAGGACGAACUCAGCAGGUGGCACACGCAGGUGUUUGAGGGCACGUGGCGCCGAGGGAGCACUGCUGGGGGCUGUAGGAAUCACCCAGCCACGUUCUGGAUCAACCCCCAGUUUAAGAUCAAGCUACUGGAAGAAGACGAUGACCCCGGGGACGAUGAGGUGGCCUGCAGCUUCCUGGUGGCUCUGAUGCAGAAGCAUCGGCGGCGGGAGCGGCGAGUGGGGGGCGACAUGCACACCAUCGGCUUCGCUGUCUACGAGGUUCCUGAGGAGGCCCAGGGUACCCAGAACGUGCACUUGAAGAAGGACUUCUUCCUGCGAAACCAGUCGCGGGCACGAUCUGAGACCUUCAUCAAUCUGCGGGAGGUGAGCAACCAGAUCCGGCUGCCCCCUGGCGAGUACAUCGUUGUGCCCUCCACCUUCGAGCCGCACAAGGAGGCCGACUUCGUCCUGCGGGUCUUCACCGAGAAGCAGUCGGACACAGCGGAGCUGGACGAGGAGAUCUCAGCAGAUCUGGCAGAUGAGGAAGAAAUAACUGAGGAUGACAUAGAGGAUGGCUUCAAGAACAUGUUCCAGCAGCUGGCAGGGGAGGACAUGGAAAUCAGCGUCUUCGAGCUCCGGACUAUUCUGAACAGAGUCAUCGCUAGACACAAAGAUCUGAAGACGGAUGGGUUCAGCCUGGACUCCUGCCGCAACAUGGUCAACCUGAUGGAUAAAGAUGGCAGUGCCCGCCUUGGGCUGGUGGAGUUCCAGAUCCUGUGGAACAAGAUCCGGAGCUGGCUGACGAUCUUCCGCCAGCAUGACCUGGAUAAGUCAGGCACCAUGAGCUCCUAUGAGAUGCGCAUGGCUCUAGAGUCAGCUGGUUUCAAGCUGAACAACAAGCUGCAUCAGGUGGUGGUGGCCCGUUACGCAGACGCUGACAUGGGCGUGGACUUUGACAACUUUGUCUGCUGCCUUGUGAAGCUGGAGGCCAUGUUCAGGUUCUUCCAUAGCAUGGACCCUGAAGGCACUGGCACUGCUGUCAUGAACCUUUCCGAG